AUGCAGAGGUCACGGGCUGUGCAGCCAACUUCACGUUGGAUCUUCGCCGGCGGCCAUCAACUUCGGUGUGACCUUGUCCCACCAACAGCUUGCUUGGUAUCUUGUCGGAGGAACACCCCAGAUUUGAGGCUGUAUCUUAGGGGCACCGUCAAGUUCGCCAUCAGCUUGUCCUACAAAGAGCUUCGUUCAUAUAUGGUUCAUAUCUUCUCCCACAGGUAUGGUUCAUAUGUUGUUUUCCAUGGUUGCAACCUGAAACUGGUCUACUGGUAUUGUACUCCAUGCAUGAUUGAGGUCAAAAUUGGUAGCUACUGCAUAUGCAUCUUGGAAGCAAAACUCGGGAAUGAUGGAAGCAAAAAUUGGAACGAAAAACUGGAACCAAUAUCCCUGAGCUCUUCACUCGUUAUUCACCCAGCGAUUGGAUUGAGAUUUCCUUUUCGGAAUCUUCUCCAUCUGAAUGAAGUUGUCAGAACUGCCACCAUCGAGAAGAAUGCGCACGGUGGUGCUCGCAAUCGACCUGAAAAGUAG